UUGAAAGUCCAUUAAUUCGGUUGAAAUUGUCUUUGAAAUUUACUUGAUUGGUCAACAACUGUGUAUACUAUUCAGUGUCUAGGGGGGUAUACUGUAUAGAGUUUAGUUAGGGUAGGGACAAGGGAGUUAUGAAUCGGUAGAUGAGAGCGGUGAGGAGAGAAGAGCAUCCACUGCCAUCGAGUACAAGGAAUCGUUUGUGUAUUACCUCCGUAUUUUUCGUGACAUAUACCUGGAGAAAGGAUAAAUCAUGGCUCGUACAAAGCAGACUGCCCGUAAAUCUACCGGAGGAAAAGCUCCGCGAAAACAGCUCGCGACAAAGGCAGCACGUAAAAGUGCACCUUCCACCGGAGGAGUAAAGAAACCUCAUCGUUAUAGGCCCGGAACUGUCGCCCUUCGAGAAAUCCGAAGAUACCAAAAAUCCACUGAAUUGUUGAUCAGAAAAUUGCCCUUCCAGCGAUUGGUUCGUGAAAUUGCACAGGAUUUCAAAACUGAUCUUCGUUUCCAAAGUGCGGCAAUUGGUGCCCUUCAGGAGGCGUCCGAAGCAUACUUGGUGGGUCUCUUCGAAGACACAAAUUUGUGCGCUAUUCACGCCAAGCGAGUAACAAUUAUGCCGAAAGACAUCCAAUUGGCUCGACGAAUUCGUGGCGAGCGUGCUUAAGCAGCCUAAUUAUCUUACAAUUAACGAUUACUAUAACCUUUUAAUCAAUAUUGUUUCGUUGCAUUUCACUAUCAAGCAGAAAAUCGUAUAGCAAAUCAUAAAAAUUAGAUACGUAGAUAUUCACAAAAAAAUAGCUUUCUAUAAAAGAAAAAAAAAUGAUAGAAUCUCUUUGAUUAAUAAUUCUUUAUUCUCAUUAAGCCCUUUUAGAAUCUCAUUAUGACAGUAAAAAAAAAUUUGUCUUUUUUUUAUUCAUCAAUCAAGUAUAAAUUUAAGUUUAAAGUAGUGUCGAUUGACAAAAAAUUAGAUCAUAAAACACAUUUUUUUUGAUAAGAUUUGUGAUACGACAAAUAAUUUUCUAAACGUUUCGAAAGAAUUUGUAAAAAAAUUGAAGUGAAAUUCACAAAAAGGGUGUUUUCAAUUUCUGUAUUUGUUUUCUUUUUCAUCAUCUGACAAUUUCUUCAAGUCAUAUUCAUUCCUCUUCUUUUUCUCAUUGCUCAUCGUUCUUAUAAUUGUACUUGUAACUAUAUAAACAAUAGUGAGUUCUGUUAGAUAAUAAGAUAUGUUUCCUAAAGCUUGACCCAAUAGUUGAAAAGAAAAGAAUGUAACUCGAACACCUGGUUGCAAGAAAAUUAUGUUUAGUUGACUCUGGGAUUUUCCUAGUUUUUGUGUAACAAAACCCUCCCCCAAUAAUUUCUUAAAUAAAUAUUAAGCACAGAA